CAGAUGGAUUGGUCAAGACAAGCAUCCAAUAUAGAUCUAGAUCUAUAGAUUUGCUGCUGUGGACGUGCUUGAAGUGACUGACUGACUGACUGAUCUACCGAUGGAUUCUAGCAUCACCGCCUCCCAUGAUGAGUGGCUGACAUGAGCUCCAAGGGAAACGCCAGUGAGGUCUGGAAGUGUCUGCUGCCCUCAGGAGGAAUCUGAGUGUCUCGGAGACGUUCUCUGGAUGAGACCUGGAUGAGACAAGAAGAGAAGAAGAAGUAGUGAGAACAUUCCCCCCACAGAGGACCCAAACCAUGGGCUUGUUAUGGUGCCAGGCACGUCGGACUGAUCGUGUGUUCCUAGCCCGUCAGUAGCACCACCACCCCCUCACCCCUCCUCCCCCCAACCCCAUGUCAGACCUUUCUCUGAAUGAUGGAAAUUUUGCGGAAGACGCUGACUUGUAUAUUGAUAUUGAGCCUGGUGGUGGUCAUGGCUUCCUCUGAAUUUCAAAGACUUUCGCACAACUCACAAGUGGAGUACCUGUCCUACCUGCAGCACUACCAGCUGACUGUGCCGAUGCAGGUGGACGAGAACGGGGACUUCCUCAGCUACACUGUGAAACACCACCGGCCCGGUCGCAGGAGACGGACCGCCGACCCAACCAGCACCGCCGUCGGCCCAGAGCCAACCGGCCGCGCCGAACAGGACCCGGCCCGGACCCGAGUCUUCUACAGACUGUCGGCUUACGGAAAGCACUUUCACUUGAACUUGACCCUCAACCCCCAGCUGGUGUCCAAACAUUUCACGGUGGAGUACUGGGGGAGAGAGGGCCUGGAGUGGAGACAUGACAUGCUGGAGAACUGCCACUAUGUAGGAUACCUGCAGGAUCAGUACAGCUCCACCAGAGUAGCGCUCAGUAACUGUAAGGGCUUGCACGGCGUUAUUACCACAGAAGAAGAGCAGUAUUUAAUAGAGCCAUUAAAGAAUAUAUCUUCUAGCCAAUGGGACCAGGGAGAAGGACAGCAGCAUGUUAUAUAUAAAAAGUCUUCCAUUCCCUUGCCGCGGCAGCAACCCGGCCAACACGACUUCAGCUGUGGCAUCUCAGACCUCACAAAAAACGCGAGCCCGUGCCAACAUAGCACUCCUUCCCCAACCUCCUCUCCCUCGUCCUCUCCCACCCCAGCCCCUGGGUCCAACAGCACCAUGCCCGGGGGGGGCCACAGGCGGAGGCGGUCACUCAGCACGGAACGUUUCGUAGAGACCCUGGUGGUAGCUGAUAAGAUGAUGGUUGGUUACCAUGGCCGCAAAGACAUCGAGCAUUACAUCCUGUCUGUGAUGAAUAUUGUUGCCAAACUUUACCGUGAUGCCAGCCUAGGAAACGUUGUGAACAUUAUAGUAACCCGCCUGAUCGUACUGACUGAAGACCAGCCCAACCUGGAGAUCAACCACCAUGCAGACAAGUCUCUAGACAGCUUCUGUAAGUGGCAGAAGUCCAUCCUCAGUCACCAAGGAGACGGGAACAGCAUCCCGGAGAACGGCAUGGCUCACCAUGACAACGCUGUCCUCAUCACACGGUACGACAUUUGCACUUACAAGAACAAACCCUGUGGGACUCUAGGCUUGGCGUCAGUAGCUGGGAUGUGUGAGCCGGAGAGGAGUUGCAGCAUCAAUGAAGACAUCGGCCUGGGUUCUGCUUUCACCAUCGCUCACGAGAUUGGCCACAAUUUCGGGAUGAACCAUGAUGGAAUAGGAAACUCAUGUGGGACUAAAGGCCACGAGGCAGCCAAGCUGAUGGCGGCCCACAUCACAGCUAACACCAACCCCUUCUCCUGGUCGGCCUGCAGUAAGGACUAUAUCACCAGCUUCCUCGACUCAGGUCGGGGGACGUGUCUGGACAAUGAACCUCUGAAACGAGACUUCCUGUACCCAACAGUGGUCCCGGGGCAGGUGUACGACGCAGACGAGCAGUGUCGCUUCCAGUAUGGAGCUUCCUCACGACAGUGCAAAUAUGGGGAAGUGUGUAGAGAGCUCUGGUGCCUUAGCAAAAGCAACCGCUGUGUCACCAACAGUAUCCCUGCUGCCGAGGGGACCUUGUGUCAGACGGGAAGCAUCGAGAAAGGGUGGUGCUACCAGGGGGAGUGUGUGAUAUUUGGGACGUGGCCCCAGAGUGUGGACGGAGGCUGGGGUCCCUGGUCGUCGUGGGGGGAGUGCAGCAGGACCUGUGGAGGGGGAGUCUCUUCCUCCAUGAGACAUUGUGACAGCCCAGCGCCUUCUGGAGGAGGGAAGUACUGUCUCGGAGAGAGGAAGCGCUACAGAUCGUGUAACACAGACGCAUGCCCAUCGGGAUCCCGGGACUUCCGGGUGAAGCAGUGUGCCGACUUCGACAGCAUGCCGUUCCGUGGGAAAUACUACAACUGGAAGCCCUACACUGGAGGUGGCGUGAAGCCGUGUGCUCUGAACUGUCUGGCGGAGGGAUAUAACUUCUACACCGAGCGCUCCCCGGCCGUCAUCGAUGGAACACGCUGCCAGGCCGACUCACUGGACAUCUGCAUCAAUGGAGAGUGCAAGCACGUAGGCUGUGACAACAUCCUGGGUUCGGACGCCAAGGAGGACCGCUGUCGGGUGUGUGGAGGGGACGGCAGCACCUGUGAGGCCACAGAGGGACUGUUCAAUGACUCCCUACCCAGAGGCGGUUACAUGGAGGUUGUUCUGAUACCAAGGGGAUCAGUCCACAUAGAAAUCCAAGAAGUCUCCAUGUCCAAGAACUACAUCGCGUUGAAGUCAGAGGGAGAUGACUACUUCAUCAACGGAGCGUGGACCAUCGACUGGCCCAGGAAGUUUGACAUCGCAGGGACAGCGUUCCACUACAAGAGGCCACUUGACGAACCUGAGUCGCUAGAGGCCCUGGGGGCCACCACGGACAACCUAGUCGUCAUGGUUCUUCUCCAGGAGCAGAACAUGGGGAUCCGUUAUAAGUUUAACGUUCCCAUCCAGAGGACAGGAAGUGGGGACAAUGAGGUGGGCUUCUCCUGGCACCAUCUGGCCUGGUCCGACUGCUCCGCCACCUGCGCUGGAGGUUCUCAGAAGCAGGAAGUGCUGUGUAAGCGUCUGGAUGAUAACUCGGUGGUGCAGAACAGCUACUGUGACCCAGACAACAAACCUCCGGAGAACCAGAGGUCCUGCAACACUGAACCGUGCCCCCCAGAGUGGUUUAUCGGCGACUGGUCGGACUGUGGGAAGACGUGUGGCGGCGGGAUGCGGACUCGGACGGUUCUGUGCAUCAGGAAGAUGGGGCCUGCCGAGGAGGAGACCCUGGAGGACAGCCACUGUCUGACGCACCGACCAAUAGAACGAGAGGCCUGCAACAACCAGUCCUGCCCCCCUCGGUGGGUCACUCUGGAUUGGUCAGAGUGCACGCCCAAAUGUGGCCCUGGGUUCAAGCACCGCAUUGUGCUGUGUAAGAGCAACGACCUGACCAAGACCUUCCCGCCCGCCCACUGUCCCUCCCACAGGAAGCCCCCCGUCAGGACCCGCUGUAGUCUGGGACGCUGUCCACCACCUAGAUGGAUCCCAGGGGAAUGGGGACAGUGCUCAGCGCAGUGUGGACUGGGCCAGCAGAUGCGGACGGUGCAGUGUCUCUCUUACACGGGCCAGCCCUCCAGUGACUGUCCCGAGGGCCUCAGGCCCACUGCCAUGCAGCAGUGUGAGAGCAAGUGUGACGCCAUGCCCAUCGCCAACGGUGACGAAUGCAAAGACGUAAACAAAGUGGCAUAUUGCCCACUGGUGCUGAAGUUCAAGUUCUGUGGCCGUGCGUACUUCAGACAGAUGUGCUGCAAGACGUGCCAAGGACGCUGACCCACUGAGAGAGAGGGAGGGAGAGAGAGAGAGAGAGAGAGAGAGAGAGAGAGAGAGAGAGAGAGAGAGAGAGAGAGAGAGAGAGAGAGAGAGAGAGAGAGGAGCUGGAGGAGAAAGAGCGAGACAGACAACGGGAAGAGUGAAAGAAACGCAAGACCAGUAGAAGAGGAGGAGGAACGAGGAUUAGGAAACACUGGGACGAGAGAAGAAAAGAGGGAUUUACCCGUUUGUUACACCUGCUACGCCCUCAACCCCCCUAACCCCAUCAUCACCGUGGAAACCUAACCACUGCUCAGCAGACACGCUGACACACGUCACUUAUUGCCGUCACUUCUGUGAAGUGGGAACCUUAGAGGAUUAUUGUUAUUGUUAUUUUUAUUAUAAUAAUAAUAAUGAAUAUUAUUUGUAUUAUUUUAUUGUCGUCUGAUUGUUGUCGUUGUUCGUCGCCGUUGUUGUUUUUUUAAUCCAAAGUGCUGGACACGUCACACAUCGAGCGGAAGCACCGCAGGGAUGUAGGGAGUAGCCACUGGAAGGGGGGAGAGGAGGAAGGAGUGUAGCUUAAAAAUGGAGGUAGGGGUUGUAAUGGUGCUCUACGGACAGACAGACAGACGUCGGCUCCAGUGCACAGGCGUGCGUGAAUAUCCCAUAAAUUACACCUAAACACUCCCACAUCACCAAACCCACCAGUACUGUAAUGAACUCCUGGUCAAGACGUCAUCGCCCGUAGUGUCCUUCAAGCCACGUGUUGUCAGUGGAGUCCUGGAGGGCGAUGAGAUGACAGAGGGCAUGUUUCUUUAAAAAAAUGUUCCGUGCUGGAACCAGAAAACGAGGUGCUGUGUCUGGAGUUAUUGCCACUUCCGUGUUAUCAGAGGAGCUGAACACAAGGGCGCGGGUGGGGGGGGG